AAUUCGUCAAAUUGCUGCUUGCAGCUGACGUUUAUUCUGCAGAGAGAAUAAAAAAUUGCUGCGGUACGUGAAUUUUGGUGAAAAAUUCUUGAUCUGCUUAUAAAAAAAGCAAACUUUGAAUGUUUUCGUAAAAAGUGUUGAAAAAAUCGGUAGGUUUCGCAAACCUAAUAUAUUGAAACAUUUGCCUGCGCGUUUUCUCCAUCAGGCAAAAAUGUUUCUCAUAUUGUACGGCCCGCCAGUGCACGUGGGGUCAGUAUGCCAUUGAUUCGGAUGCGCGCCAUCGGCACGGUUGCUGCAAGUCGACGUCGCCGUUUCUUCUCUUCGAGUAGUUUAGGUCUAAACUAAGGAAACACGUUUAGGCCCCAGUGGUAGAAAAUAAAAAAAUAACGACUGUGUCCAGGUCGAAAAUACCAGCCCCAAUCGUAUGUGUUGUGUUCGCUACCGACUGAUAAGAUAGUGUUGUGCAAUUAAAUAGACUGGGACUUCUUUAUGCGACGGAUUAGGAUAUCCACACAGUAGUAGUCCAGUAUUUUCAUUGGUUGAGAGACAGUGUUAUGAAAUUGGAGGAUAUGAGACCGCGGGAUCGAAGCAGCACUAGCGUCUUCCGCACGCUAUACAACGGUGGCGCUUAUCAUGGAGAUUUGUACGGGCCACGACUUGCUUGCAGCAGUAAAGACAGCAUCGAUCUCAUCCAACGGCUGGACCUGUGGAAGCAGCUCAAGGUACACAAGGGAUGUGUCAAUACCCUUUUUUGGAGCGAGGAUGGUCAACUGUUGCUGUCUGGUUCUGACGAUCAGCAUAUCGUAAUCAGCAGUCCCUUCACUGGCAAGACUCUGUUUCAGCACAAAACGACUCAUAGGGCAAAUAUUUUCAGUGCAAGAUUUUUACCACAAAGUAACAAUCGUGAGAUUGUGUCCUGCUCUGGAGACGGUAUCGUGCUGUACACAGAGCUGAAAGAGGAGGAAUCGGAUUGGAGUGGAUCUAACUACUUCAACUGUCAUAGCACUGGAACUACGUAUGAGGUUUUGACGGUACCAACGGAACCGCGUUCAUUCAUGAGCUGCGGUGAAGACGGAACGGUUCGAUUGUACGACCUGCGGAAGAUGAAUCGCUGUUUGAGAACAUGUUGCAAGGACAACAUACUGAUAUUGAACCCGUCAGGGGUGACCACUAUGACAUUGUCGCCGAUUACGAUGAACUAUAUUGCCGUCGGAAGUUCGGACAGCCACGUACGGAUCUUUGAUAGACGGUUUCUAAAGUUGGUAGAUUGUAAUUCGCCAGGAUCACCGAACGAACGACACACCAUUCCGGUGAAGAUGUUCACGAAUCCUUCCAUGGAGAAGAGAUCGUUCCGUGUGACCUCAAUUGCCUAUAGCCAGGAUGAGUGUGAAUUGCUGGUCAACUACUCUUCCGAUCAUCUGUACUUGUUCGAUGCAACCAAAGACGGAAUCGAGGUGACUGCGGCUCAAGCGUCCAGCAGCUCGGACAAGGGCAAACGGGGCUCCAAAACGCAGCACAGUGUUGACAGCCCGCCGCCGGUACGUCGGUUGCGUUUGCGUGGGGACUGGUCCGACACGGGACCGGAUGCUCGUCCGGCUCGCGAGAUGGCUUCCCGGGUAUUUGGGGUCGGCCAGGCUCGUCCACAACUUCAAGCUACGAUUAUGCAUCGUAUGACCGAGGUUUUGUCGCGAAUGUUGGCCGACCCUCGAACGCGAAUCGGAUUGACCCACACGAACGAGCUGACGAACGACAGCGACCUGGCGAAUGUGGUGGACGAUUUUCGCACUUUCGCCAGCAGCACGGCUGCCCAAGAUACCGCGACUGGGCAACGCGAUCAAGAACCACAACCAUCUACUAGUGGAACACAGCGAGAAAGUCCUCCUACAAAUAAUGACGAUGCUGAAGAUGAAGAAGACGACGAUGACGAUGACGAUAAUGAUGACGACAAACGUGUUGAAUUAAACCAAAGAAAAAAGUCUGAUAAAAAGCAGACAGAGUCUUCGUAUGAAGAGAAGCUGAGCGCGCUAAACGAUCUCGAACAAAAAGUUUUAAACUACGAUUAUGUGAUAAGAAAGUUUGUUGGCCACAGAAAUGCACGUACCGUGAUUAAGCAAGCCAAUUUCUGGGGUAACAAUUAUAUAAUGUCAGGUUCAGACUGCGGACACGUAUUCACAUAUGAGCGCGCCACGGGUCGGUUAGUGAUGUUAAUGGAGGCUGAUCAGCACGUGGUUAACUGCGUCCAGCCUCACCCAACGCUGCCAAUUCUGGCUACAUCUGGAAUUGAUUACGACAUUAAAGUUUGGUCCCCAAUGGAUGAAGAGAUAACUCGUUUCGAUCGGGAGGCAGCCACCAAUCUCAUGGAACGCAACGCCGUAAUGCUGGAAGAAACCAAGGACACAAUUACGGUGCCGGCCUCUUUUAUGAUACGAAUGCUGGCGUGCAUUCAUUCGCUACGGAAUCGCCGCAGUGCGGUCCAAGCCGCUACGGUAGGCAAUGAUAGUGAUAGUACCUCACGGGAGGGCAACAAUAACAAUGGCGAUAAUAACGGCGGCGACUCAUCCCAGAACAACGGAACCGACUCGUCGUCCGACGGUGGAUCGCCGAAACACUAUCUUCAGCUUUAGGUUAAGAACGGGAAAUGUAUUAUUACACACGCUUGAGGAGCCUCUAAUUUUUAAAACUUGUCUCGCCCUCGCAAUUCCACAGGGGAAAGUGAAAUCUAAACUAAUUCGUUUAUAUAAUGGUUUGUGUAUUAACAUCUCAGUCGACAUCGUAGACAAGCACGAUGUGAUUUUGUUGUAUAAAUAUUUAUAUGAAAUAAAAAUUAAUAAUAGCUAAAUGUAA